AUGAACAAAUACAGGCCAAAGAACGCCGCGGCGGGGCCGAGACGUGCCGCUGGCCGCGGGGAGCGGGGGCUGGGGCUCCGCAGGUGCUGGCCCGGGACCGUGACUGGGUGUCUGGUCUGUUUGAAGGAGGCUGAGAUCCCCCAGGAGCUCAUCGAGAGGCUGGCGCACAGCGAGAUCCACAGCAUCCGCGACUUGCAGCGCCUCCUGGAGAUUGAUUCCGUAGGAUAUGACGAAGUUUCAGAAACAAAUUUGAGGUCUCAUAGCGUUCACGCAGCAAAACAUGCGCAAGAGAAUCGCCCUGUACCUGUUCGCAGAAAAAGAAGCAUCGAGGAAGCCAUCCCUGCUGUCUGCAAAACAAGAACUGUUAUAUACGAGAUACCUCGGAGUCAGAUUGAUCCCACCUCUGCCAAUUUCCUGAUAUGGCCACCAUGCGUGGAGGUGAAACGUUGCACUGGCUGUUGCAACACCAGCAGUGUGAAAUGCCAGCCAUCACGGAUACAUCACAGAAGUGUCAAGGUGGCAAAAGUGGAAUAUGUUAGAAAAAAGCCAAAAUUAAAAGAAGUUCUGGUGAGGUUAGAAGAGCAUAUGGAAUGCACCUGUACAUCAUCAAAUUCUAAUUCAGAUUAUCGAGAAGAAGAAACUGGAAGGCCUAGGGAAACAGGUAAAAAACGGAAACGAAAAAAGUUAAAACCAACCUAAAAACUACUGGAACUAUUUGAUAAUCAGAUUAACAGGUAUUUAUUGGGAGUAGUAUGAUAGAAGCAAAGAUUUUGUAAAAUUCAUCUUUAAAAGUGAGCAUGUAAACUCAAUCAAAACAGCAUUUAGAGCUUCUUGUCCCAGAUGUAAGGUGAAAAUAAGCUAGAAAAACAAACAAACUUCUCUCUGGGACAUGGAUGUACAUGGUUUGUUACAUUCCUGAACCUACUAUGUAUGGUGCUUUAUUGACUGUAUACUUUAUUUGUUCUCCCAUGUGAAAAAAACUGGCUCUAAAGGACACUUACUGAGAACAAAGAGACAAUGUACAUUUGUUUAAUGUGACAUCAAAGCAAGUAUUGUAGCACUCUGUGAAACAAUAGGAAGCUUCCCUAUCUAAAAAACGGGAAAAAAAAAGAGAAAAAAAGAGAAAAGUCAAGGAACAACUAAAGAAAAAAAGACAGUUGAAUGAAUGGAGGAUACCAAAAGUACUCAAAUAAAUGACAAAAAUCUCAGUGAAUAGUGGAUUUCUGUCAGAGCAGUCAACGGUGCUUUAUGUCAAGAAAUGUGCCUGCUUUCUUGAUGAAGAUGGAUGGACACUGAUGGACUUCAGGCACACACACACACAAAAGCAGGAAUGUAUCAAGUGAUCAAAUGCCACGCAAACACUAUAGAAACAAUACAUCCUUGCUUGGUAGUGUUUUAAAGUCUAUACAAAAAUAAGAAAAAACAACAACAACAACAACAACAACAACAACAACAACAACAAAAAACCUUCUGGGGAGCCUUAAGUGGAUUUUUUUUACACCAUAAAGUGAUUAUUAAGCUUUCUUUUUACUCUUUGCCUAGCUUUUUAUUAUCUCUUGGACUACAUUUACCGAUAACACGUAUAGAAGACUGGUGUAACAGUAAGCAGAACACAAACAUUAUGGUCUUUCUCCUAGUGGGAUGCAAACUAAUGAGAUGUAUUAAAAUAAAAAUGGUAUACCUAUG